AUGCGAAAUCUUAUCACGCUAAAUCGAGGUAGGUUUCAGCCUGCUUCGCUCAGCGUCCCAGACCUGACUUUACAGACUAGCGUUUUUGAUACUUUGUCCGACAGUAUAACCUGCGUUCUGGCAGAUUUGGAGAUUGGGGCUUUUGAAGUCCAGCAGUACACGAAAACGGGCAGCUGUAAUGUGUUGGCAUCGUUUAAUAUUCAAACUUUUGGAGAUGAGCUAUUGUCGUUCCUUCACUUUGGUGACAUCAGUCAACUAGUGUUCGUAUUGGCUCAAGGGGACAUCGUGACCGCUACUUACGAUGCCGAGACGUACGACCUAUCGCUCUCGGUGGUUGAGAUCGUUGGAUCCAUCGAAGGAGGCAUCAGAGCCGCUGAAUGGUCUCUCGACGAAGAAACACUGGCUCUAGUCACUUCUGAGCGCAAUGUCGUGGUUCUCAGCAGACAGUUUGAGCCUAUCGCAGAGCAUAAACUCAUGAAGGAAGAUCUCAAAAUGUCCAAGCAUGUCGAUGUCGGGUGGGGUAAAAAGGAAACGCAAUUUAGAGGGAAAGGUGCCCGUGCGAUGGAACGAGAAGCACUAGAAAGUCUCAAGGCUUCAGGACUGAAAGGAACGGAAUUGAGAGAUCCUACGAUGCCCUAUGUGGUCGACACAGGAGUUUUGGGCCCUAUGGACUCGAAGAAAGCCUCGAUUUCAUGGAGGGGUGACUGUGAGUUUUUCGUGGUGUCUGAGGUCGAAGCGAUUCAGGCUGAAAAUGAAGAAGAAUUCACGCGAAGAGUUCUCAGGGUUUUCACGCGUGAUGGGCAAUUGGACAGUGCUUCAGAACCGGUCGAUGGCCAAGAAGAUCCAUUGAGUUGGAAACCGCAAGGAUCUUUGAUUGCAUCCAUUCAAAGAAAAGACCAAAUACCUGGCGAGGAAUCGCUGGAUCUUGUCUUCUUCGAAAGAAACGGUUUAAGACAUGGGGAAUUCGAUAGUCGUCUUGCAAUGGAUGAAGUAGUCCGGAAUUUGAGCUGGAAUUCGACUUCAGAAGUGCUGGCCAUAACCCUAGCGGACAAAAUUAUGCUGUGGACAACCAAAAACUAUCACUGGUAUCUGAAGCAAGAAAUCUAUGGUCAAAACAUUCAUUAUGUGAAGUGGCAUCCUGAAAAGGAUUUCACGCUAAUGUACGGCGAUGAUUAUGGUGUCAAUGUGGUCGAUUUUGCUCAUAAAUUAGCACUAGGACCCACUUUGGAGCCUUUCGAUUUUGGUACUGUCCUUGUGAUCGACGGGUCGACAGUUAAUAUUACGCCACUAUCGUUGGCGUCCGUUCCUCCCCCUUUUUAUUAUAGAGACUUCGAGGCACCUUCCAAUGUGAUAGACGCAGCCACAAGCAUUUCAAAUGAGGUUUACGCUGCUAUCACAAAGAAUGAACUUUGUUUAGCUUCUGUUCCGGGCCUGGAAGAUAUGAAGAAAGGUUUGCAUCCGGUAGUCUCCAAAAACAUCCCGAAAUCGGACUUUGCCACCGCCGCUGACACACUAAGGCAGGUUGCAUUCAUCAAUGAUAUUGUUGUAGGGGUUUUGUUAGACUCUCAAAACUUGUCACGUAUCGCCCUGCUAGAUGUGUCUGACGUGAAGCAGCCCUCGUUGAUUACAGUAACGGACACCUCUAGUAAGGUGGUUUUACUUCGUGCUGGGUUCGAAAACAAUUACAUGGUUUUUGAGACUAAAGACUGCAAGGUCUUCCAGCUGGAUGUUGAAGGGCAAGUCACGGAAAUUGCUACAUUACCGCAGCUUGUCCGUGAUUUGCGUGUUAAAAGAGUUGAAACCUUAUCUACAGUUGGCCUAGAGACUGCUGACGAGUCUAGGCUAGUAGCGUUCGGUCUUGCUGCUAACGGCAAACUUUAUGCCAACGACGUCCUUAUCGCAAGCACUGCCACUUCAAUGGAGAUUACGGAUAGUCUGAUUAUGUUCACCACUGCACAACACAACCUACAAUUUGCUCAUUUGAAUUCUACAGAAUUCAAACCAUUGCCAGUCGUUGGUCAAAGCGUCGAUGACGAAAGGAUAAGGUCAAUCGAAAGAGGCUCUCUUUUAGUUACAGCCAUACCGUCAAAAUCAUCGGUUGUUUUACAAGCGGCACGCGGCAACCUGGAGGUUAUUUGCCCACGUAUUAUGGUCUUAGCUGGCGUUAGGAAGAGUAUUCUCGCCAAGAGAUACUAUGAAGCUUUUAUCACAUGCCGUACGCACAGAAUUCACUUGGAUAUCCUUCAUGACUAUGCACCUGAACUUUUCAUUGAUAAUCUCCAGCUUUUUAUUGAAGACAUUGGAAGGGGUGAUUAUCUGGACCUGUUCAUAUCCUGUUUGACCGGAGAAGACGUUACUGCAGUGAAGUACAAAGAGACGACCGAUAUUGAAAUGGAUCGUAACUUUGAACUCACUCCCCCAGCACCAACAGAUAUGGAGCUUUACAUGAAGAAAAAAAUGUUUGACCCGCAGAACUCCAAGGUGAACAAAAUUUGUCGUGCGAUUCUCCAAGUCCUCCUGAACAAUCCCGAGUACAAGACAAAAUAUUUGCAAUCAAUCAUAACAGCUUAUGCUUGCCAAAAUCCUCCAGAUCUAGAAAAUGCUUUGUUGCUUAUCGCGUCUCUCGAAAAUGAAGGCGAGAAUUGUUUGACCUACCUAUGUUUCUUACACGAUGUUAAUGUCCUUUAUAGGGUUGCCCUGUCGCUGUACGACAUCAAGCUAACGCUCGCCAUAGCGCAAAAAUCUCAAAUUGAUCCCAAAGAGUACUUACCCUUUUUGCAAACGCUAUAUGAACAGGACCCACUUGUGCGCAAGUUCAUGAUUGAUGAUCAUCUAAAGCGCUAUGAAAAGGCAUUGGAACACUUAUCAGCGAUAGAAAAUGGUUUGGAUGGUCUUUCUGAGAAAAUUUUGGACUACGUUGAUACCCACGAACUCUACAAGUAUGCUUUGAACCUUUUCAAAUAUGAUGUUCAGAAACAAAAUGCAGUCUAUAGGGUCUAUGCACCUUACCUGUCGUCCAAACAGGAAUAUGUCGAGUCUGCGAUCAUUUAUGAAAUGCUGGGCGAGUUCAAAGAAGCUAUGGAAACUUACACGACGGGCAAAAAAUACAAUGAAGCAUUAACGAUCGCGUCGCUAUACUUCAAGGACCAGAUUACCGAAGUUGCGGAAACUCUGGUGUCUUCCUUAACCUUCGAUCAUAAGUACGCAGAUGCUGCGGAGGUUGAGCUCAAUUAUCUGAAAAACACCAAGGAGGCAAUGCGGUUGUUUUGUAAAGCAUAUCGUUACGAGAAAGCCGCUUUAGUGGGGGCCACGCACGGCACUCUAGAAAUGAUUGAUGAUGUUCUGGAGCCUGCUCUGGGUGAGGGAUUUGGUACAAUUGCUGAAUUGCUAGCAGACUGCAAAGGUCAAAUUGUAUCGCAAUUGCGAAGACUACGCGAAUUAAGGCAGAAGAAGGAUGAGGAUCCAUACGCAUUUUACGGACAAGAAACAGAACAAGCUGAUGACAUCUCGAUCGCAGCUUCUGAAACAUCAACAAAAGAGUCCUUUUUCACCCGGUACACUGGAAAAACUGGUGGGACCGCAAAAACUGGGGCUUCAAGGCGAACUGCCAAAAACAAGCGCCGCGAGGAGCGUAAGCGUGCUCGUGGUAAGAAGGGUACUAUUUAUGAGGAGGAAUACCUCAUUCAGUCGAUCGGGAGACUAAUAGAAAGGUUGGGACAUUCCGAAUCGGAAGCUAUCAUGCUGAUAGAGGCUCUUUUGAGACGAGGAAGAAGAGAAGAAGCGCAACUGAUCCAGAAGAAUUUUGUUGACGUGAUGACUUUGCUCAAAGACAAUGUUGUUGAAAUCUAUAGCAUCAACGAAAAGGACAGAGAAAGAAUCGACGAAGAAGGCAACGUGUAUCACAUACCUGAAAUCCCAGUGCCUGAAAUCAAGCCAUUUCCGAAACGUCAAAUUAUCGAUUUUUAA